AUGAAGAAACCUGAGCCUGCAAUUGGAACUUCGAAUACAAUCAGAUUCGAUGAUGCGGACAGCCAUGAAUCUUCCGAAGAUGAGGAGGAGAUUGAGAGGGAGCUUGCUGAUGUGACAUUCGAAGAGCUGCUGAGAGCGCGGUCUGAUGGAUCAGAGAUGGUGUACAGGAAGCCCAACUCAGAGAAAACGAGCAGCCGAGCAAAUAAGAACAGGCCUAUGGAGAUGAGCAGUAAGAAGCCGGUGAGCAGAUUAAGAGAAGUCGUCCAAGUUCCUAAAAAAGUGGCGCGUGAUCCUCGUUUUGAAUUAUUGUGCGGCGAACUAGAUUUAGAAAGGUUUAAGAAGAGAUAUGAUUUUAUCUAUAAGAAUGAAUUGCCUGCUGAAAAAGAGGCACUAAAGAAAAAGAUGAAAGAAGAAAAAGACCCAGAAGUCAUAAAUGAGCUUAAGAAUCGUAUAGCUCAGAUGGAUAGAGAAUCGAAGUCUAGAGGAACAAAGCGUACCGAUAAGGAAAUUAUAUCCGAGCACAAGAAGAAAGAGAGAGAAGCUGCAAAGAAAGGGAAACGACCUUAUUAUCUGAAAAAAUCUGAUAUUAGGAAGCAAAAGCUUAUCCAGAAGUACGAGGAACUCAAGGGGGCUGGCAAACUCGAGUCUUUUCUUGACAAAAGGAGGAGGAAGAAUGCUGCAAAAGACCACAGAUACAUGCCAUAUCGACGUCCUGCAGAGCAAGGAAGCGAGUAA